CCAGAGCAGGUUUCCCUUCAGCAUGGUUCAACAGGGAUUCUCUAUUGACCUCAUUCUAGCAAGGAAUAGAGAGGAGGCACCAGAUGGAAAGGACUCAGUAAGCUCCAGGCCCCACAUACCUUGUGCCCCACAACCACUGGCCCCAACCAAGUAUGCCAAGGAGAUACCAAGGAGAAAGGAUGGACAAGAACAAGGAGAAAUCACCAGUUUUCAAUGCUCUUCAGAAGAGGCAAGAAACAGACAAUUUUCUAAUCCUUCCUUACCAGCGUUGCACAGAAGUUCGGGGAGCUCGGAUGAAUUUUCUCCAGCAGGCUCAGAAGAUGAUGGCACUGAGAGCUCAGGAAGAAAUUCCCAGGAAAAUGACACAGAGCACAGGUCAAAGAGCCCCAAAUCUGAUCUCCAGCGCAGGCUGAGAACGGCAUUCACCCCCCAGCAAAUAACCAGACUGGAACAGGCAUUCAAUAAGCAGAGAUAUCUAGGGGCAUCUGAAAGGAAGAAGCUGGCAACGUCUCUCCAACUCUCUGAAAUACAGGUUAAAACCUGGUUCCAGAAUCGAAGGAUGAAACUGAAGAGGCAGAUACAAGACCAGCAGCACAGCAUGGUUCCUCCGCCAGUCUGUUACCCCCAGACCUUCUCUUAUUACCCUGGUGGCUUUCCUGUCCCAUUAAACAGUGGAAGCUUUUAUCAGCCCCCGGCACAUCCAUUCCAGGCGCCACAGCAUUCAUUUAUCCCCCAGCCGCUCCACCACCAUAUGAGGAUGAGUGCUCACCAAGAACAAUUCCCCCCACUCUUUGGUGCUCAGUACAUGUAACCCCUGGAUAUAAAUCAGCAUUGGAUUUUGUUGUAUAAAUAAUAACAUAUUGCUAUAUUUUAUAAAUGUGUAAAUAGUUGCUAAAUAUUUAUUAUAUUAUUGCUCUUGUAUAUAUUUCAGUUGUACAGUAAAUUAAACUUGCUCUGGCAGCAAUACUUGUAAUUGUUUAUUGCUUUUAAGCACAUAUUUGUGGACUGAAAGCAAAAUGAUAUGUUUUAUGAAAGUUCAGAAAGUAGAAAUGUUUUAUGUUUUAAAAUAAUCACAAUAAAUGGGUUGUAUGUAUGUAUGUAUGUAUAACUUUAUUUAUAAAGCGCCACAAGGGUACGCAGUGCUGUACAAUCUUACAAAAUACAAAAUUACACACAGGGAGGACAAGGGAUAUAAUAAAUAAAUACAAUAAAUAUAUAUAUAUAAGUGC